AUUGUCGAGUUAGCUGAGAUUCGUGGAGUUUUCAGAGUCAAGGGGGGCGUAGUUGAUACAGAGGCAGGUAUGGCGAAUCAGGGGGCCAAGAAACGCAAGGAAGAGAACGCUCGCCACAUGGCUAGGCUUCGUCUCAUCAUUAUUGUCUGCAAUGCUAUCUACGUCUUGAUAAGGAUGUUGGUCUUCCAUUCGUCUUUCACAUGGAAGCAUUGGAUUGGCCUGAUUGUGACAUCUCUAGCAUAUUUCAUUCCAUAUCAACAACUCGCUAAUAUGGCAAAGCCCUCUUAUGCUGAUGAUGGUGAGCUUUUAGAUGGGGGGUUUGAUAUGAGUACGGGUGGAGUUUGUGGCUAUUUACAUGAUGUGAUCUAUAUUACAUGCUUUGUGCAAGUCAUGUCCGUCAUCUCUGGAAAAUUCUGGUACACAUAUCUCGUGAUACCAGCUUUUGGAAUUUAUCAAUCAUUUGGCUUGAUUAAAGGAUUUCUGUCAUCAAAUUCAGAAGAAUCAUUUGAAGACGAAAAAACCCGUAAGAAGAGAGAAAAGAUGGAGAAGAAGGCGUCCAGAACGAAGUUUGUCAAGACAAGAACUAGAUAAUUUGUUUGCAUAGCUUGGGAAGCACAUUUAAAACCUAAUCUUCAAGAGCCCAAGAUGUGAGCUACUGAAAGAACUGUCAACCUAGUCAAUCAAGUGACUGAAAAACGUUGUGGACGUUAAAUGCUAUUGAAUGCCCGGAAACAAUGAGUUUGACUUGAACAUGAAACUUCGAGGGAUGUUAAAAGCACCAAAGCAUGAAAAUUCUUGUAAUCAGAUAUAUAUUCAUAUCCUUGGGACACUGAUGUUGGAUGUUUCUUGACAAUAAAUAAACCUGCAUUUGAGUUA